AUGAUCUCCAACGAUGAAGGUCGAGCGGUGGUAGAAUGUGCUGGCAAAGAUGCCACAAAAUUUGAAGAGCUUGAAGACCCCACCAAGUCUUCUGAUCCCUCCGUGGGGAAGCUUAGCCAGCAAUACGACAUAACUCCCAGAGAUAUCCAGAGCCGUUUCGAACAUCUUCACACCAUGUGGAACUUGGGCAUCUCAACUUUUUACAUCGGUUAUCUUGUUGGACAAUUACCUGGCAACUUGUGGUUGGCUAAGGCAAAUCCAAGAUGGUUUCUACCCUCGACGAUGGUGGCCUGGGGAGCGGCAACUAUCUGCACUCCCGCCCUCAAAAGUGGUGCCGGCUUCGCCGCUCUGCGCUUCUUCACCGGUCUGGCUGAAGCGCCGUUCUUUCCGGGAAUCACACUGAUGACUUCCUCCUGGUACACCAAGGAGGAGAGUCCUCUCAGAAUGGCCAUCUGGCACGCGGGAAACACCAUAUCCAACAUCAUCUCAGGCUUCCUUGCGGCAGGAAUUCUCACUACAAUGGGUGGUGUCUCGGGUCUGUAUUCCUGGCAGUGGUUCUUUCUCAUUGAAGGCAUCGUGACGUUCCUGGUGGCUUUCUCUGCCUACGUUCUCCUCCCAGACUGGCCCCACAACACGCGGUUUCUGACUCCUGAGGAGAGAGAGAUGGCGCAGUACCGUAUCCUGUGCUCCAAUGGAGGCAAAGAGGAAGCUGCCGGAGGCACUUGGGAUGGUCUCAGAGAUGCUGUCAAAGACCCUUUCACCUGGAUCUUCUGCCUGUUGCAUUUCUCCCUGGUCACUGCCCAAAGUUUUAAAGACUUCUUCCCUUCGAUCGUUAACACCUUUGACUUUGGCGAACUCACAACGUACUUCAUUCAAGCUCCCCCGUAUGCGUUCGCAUUUGUGUUUGCAUAUGCUGUUGCCUGGUCGUCAGGUCGGAAUCAAGAGUCUUUCUGGCACAUCGUCCUACCUAUCAUUGGGAGUGCGGCUGGCUGUGCAGUCCUGAUCUCAACCAUGAACAUUGGAGCUCGCUACUUUGGACUUUUCCUCCUUAUUUCCGGCACAUACAACGGUCUCAACCUGCAGCUGUCGUGGGAAACAACUGUCGUUCCAGCCCCUCGGAGCAAGAAGGCCGCACUCAUCGCAAUCGCCAACUGUAUCAGCCAGGUCAGUCACUGGUUCAGUCCAUACUUCUGGCCGCGUUCGCAGGAACCCUUCUACAGACUAGGCGGCGGUCUUGUACUGGUGGGUUGUGCUCUGGUUGUAACGUCAGCUGGCUUGGCGAAGUGGCGUGCGAUCCGUCUGAAUAAGAAACUGGAUGAAGCUGAGGGUUACUCCGAGAACUCGGGGGUCGAAAGGGGUUGGAGAUUUGCGUACUGA